AUGUCUGCUGUGGCUGGUGGCGGGAGCGGCGGGAGCAGCGGCGGUGGGAGCAAUAGCUCCAAGACGUCCAGCUCGGGACGGACCUCGGGCGCCGCCUCUGUCUUUGCUGUCCCGCUCCUCGCCCUCAACAUGGGUGCCGAAAUGGUAUUUGUCCUCCAGCAGCGUCUUGCUGCACAGAACAUCGGCGCGUCCAAAGCUGCUAGAGUCCUCGGCGAUGUCGUCCUCGCCCUGCUCAAGCCCUCGCUGCUGGACACGCUCUUCGAGCCGCAGCUGGUGUACACGCCAAAGCAGCUGCUGACCAUGUUCCAGGACCUGGCACACGCGUCGAUCAUGAAGCUCUCAGACAACUCCAUGUCCAAGCUCUUUGACCUCAUGUCGAUGGGCUUCAAGUACCAUGUCAUCGCCGCCUCGAUCCCGCCCGAGAUCCUGCAGAUCACCCGCAACCAUCUCGACGAGCUGCGCAACAUUGUUGCCGCCGCCAGCAACGCCGCCGAGGUCAUCACCGCCAUUGACGCCGCCGACGCCCGCAUCGGCUCGAUCUACGACUCGCUCACCUACGGCGAUUGGAUGCUCGUCCAGCAGACCAUCCUCGCCUUUUUCCAGGAUCGUCGCGUCAAGGUCUCCCUCUUCCUUAACUCGUCCAUCCAGCGGCCCGACGGCACGUUUAUUGUCGACACGCUGCAGGGCGUCACCCCGCCGUUCUUCAACGUCCCGGGCGCCAUCAUCUAUGCCCCGUCGGGCACUACCGGUGCGUUUGAAACGCUCGCUACGCUCGAGCCGUGUACCAUUCCGGCCCAGGACCGCGCCUCACCGUACGGCUUUAACAUGUAUGCCGAGGCCACCGCCGCAGCCACAGAGUCGGGCCCCGGUGAGUCGAACCGCAAGCGCCGCUCGCGCAAGCGCCGCGGCCUCUCCAAGUCCAUCUUUGACCGCAACCUGCGCUCCAAGUCGGCCGCAAAGGCGCUGCCCAAGGCCAAGCUCCGCAAGAACGAGGCCGCCAAGCACGCUGCGCUCGCCCGUGCAGAGCUCGCCAUGCUCUCGUCCAUGCUCGGCGUCGAGCCGGCUGUCGACGAGCCGGCCUCGGCAACCCCGUUCUUGGUCAAUCUCUUCCCGGACCUCGGCGCCGCAGACUCGCCCGCCCGCAAGCCGGCCGUGCCCGGCGCUCCAGCCCGCGCCGUCGCCACCGGCUCGCUCCUUGGCGGCGACGACUCGGACACCUCUGACGAUGACGGCCCGGCUACGUCCGGCAUGAUCGUCAUUGACGCCCAAGACGCCAUGGGUGCCACCCACUAUGCUGCCAACACCGAGCUCAGCUCCAUCAUGACCGCGCUCAACAACAAUCCAGGCUCGAGCCCCGAGCACCAGGCCGAUGGCCUCGGCGACGAGGACGAUCUCCUCGCCCUCAUGGACGGCGCGUAGCAUCUGUCAUGUCUGCGGGUAGCGCGCCACCGCCGACGGCGGCGUAAACGACUCGGAUGCCCA